AUGAAGAGGUCUAGUAGCAUUGCAUCCAGCAUCAAUAAUGGCCAAAGAUUACAUUCAGUACAUUUAAAUAGGGAAAUGGGAUUUCCCUUUCCAAACAUUAGCUACGAAAGUGAUCUUUGCACAGAACUUCAAGAGAGGUUUACAGAGAUAAGAGAAUUGUUUAGAGGGAUGAGUCUUAUCAAGGACAUUGACAAUGAUACGCUUGAUAAAUCCAAAACUGUUCCCUUUUUAUCUACAAGGCUUUUAGAAUGUGCUCAAAACGUUAUAAAGAUAGCUGAUGAACUUUUGAAGAGUGCAGAGGUUUCAGAUGAUGAUUUAAAAUCGUUUGGAGAACAAAUCAAAAAAGUUAAACAUGAAUUUGAAAGAAUCAACACUGAAUUUUUUAAACGGAAAUAUACGGGUAGAGAAGAAAAAUCCAAACAUCAUUGCAUUUCUUUGAUCAGAGAAUUGAUUGGAAAAUUUGAAGAAAUCGAAAAGGAACUUAAGAGAAAUAGCACUGAAAACAUUUCAGAAGACGCGAAACAAGAUAAACAGCUUAAAAGCUCUUUUUUACAUCGGAGCAGUUUCACGGAAUUUUUCGCCAAAAAAAACACUAAUUCUCCUUUUCUAAAUAGUUUUCUUAUGACGUAUUGCAUUAUAUGUUUAGGACUAAUUGCAUUUUUAGGUAUUGCUAAAGGUGCUGAAAAGUUCGAAACAAUAAUAGAGAGUACAAAGAAAGUGGCAUGUAUUAUCUCUAUUCUUGCCCCCAUCAUAUAUGGAAUAUGGAUACUAACAUAUGAAAAUUAUAACGGAGGAAUAACCCCAGUACUAGGUAGAAACUGGAGUGUAAUUGGCUCUAUGUUUCCCAUGCUCCUUGGACUUAGGGAAAAUAGAAUAAAAGAGAUAUCAAAAGGAAAGGACAACAUAGAAAGUUGUGCAGUAAUGGUAGCCAUGAGUGUGAUAAUAAUAUGUGGUCAGACAUUCGGAAAGAUGAAUAAAAAGAUGCAUGGUAGACAAAUAGUUGUAUUUGUGAUAGGAAACAUAUUGAUGGGAUUAGCAUAUAUAACAAAUCACUUUAUGCUUUCGGUUGAGAAUAGAAAUAAUUUUAUUUCUCUUGGAUACAUUAUGUUUGCGCUUAUGUUGUGCUUCAUAGUUAUCAUAGGGAAAGGAGGGAAGAUGGAAAAUCAAAAAAACCAAGGAAUAGAGUGGCUAGACUUAUCUCAAUGGGUUAUGAGUUUUAUAUUUGUUAUCCUUGGAAUUCAGAAUAUUGAAUCAUACUCUUUUUAUUAUGCUCAAAAUACACUAAAACAGUCCGUUUAA